UUUCUAAGCAUUCAUUAAGAUAGUAAUUAGCAAUAUUAAGAAAAUCGAUAAGUACUAAAUGGUAGUGACGUCACCGUUGCAAAUUGAUAGUUAUAAAGGGGGGAAUAAUACAUAUAUUUCGAAAUAUCUUGCAAUUGAAUUCAUUUCCCUCUAUUCGAAUUUCAAAUACAGACUCCCCAACUCUCUCUCUUUCUCUCUCUAGAAUAAUUUUCACGUUGAUUUUUUCAGUCUCUCGUAUGCACAAGUAAAUGGCACGGCCGUGGUUUUCCGUUGAUAAGAAAGAAGACGAAGAAGAAUCGGCAGUAGUAGGGUUUCUGCGGAGAGUGGCUGCAGUGAUGGGAGUUUUCUUUAGCUGUUUCCGUAUCAAAGAUCUCAGUUCUACUCCGGAGCCUUUGAUCGCUCCCAAUAAUCAUACACUGUCAUCGGUAUUCCUUCCGGAUGAAGAUAAUUCACAUGGAAAUGGAGAACAAGUUUGGAAUUCGCUGCCAGAAGAAGUUCAUGCCAGGGAGCUCAAGGAUGAGGCCAAGUUCCUCAAAGCAUGUGGAACUUUACUCGAAACUCCUGUUGAAAUUAGAAAUGCCUUGCGGGAAUGUGUUGAUACAUCGGCUCAGAAAGAAGUAUCGCCGAAUUUCAGUCCCAGUGCAUCCAUUGAGAAAUUGAAACUGGAGAAGCAAUCCGAUGAAUCUCCUAAACCUGUCAAAAUUUGUGAAGAAUGGGUAACUGGAUCGGGUUCAUUAGUGGACAAUUCCAGCAGCUCAAUGACUGAUGGGAAUUAUACCAGAAGAGACUCUAUGAACUCCAUUCAGAGCAAUGAUGUUGAGAAUGUUGUUACCCCAACAGACGUGCCUGAUAAUGGAACUUACUCACCUGAAGUUUUUGCAACAAGUGUAAAAUGCAAAAACAAGUCUGUUCGGUUUGAGUGCCAGUCCGAUAGUUCCUCAUUUUCGUCUGAAAGUUCUGGUACGUACUCUGGAUCAGCUGGUAAUUCUAGUGUAUCAAAACCAUCACCAUAUCCAACACCACUAAAAUUAACCGACGAGAUGCAAACCCCUGGCACUGCAUUCCCUACAUUCAUGAACAAUUUGGCCGGUGGAAAGCCUAACAGGGUCCGCUCACAAUAUGUGUACUCUGUCUUAAACCCAAUCGACUAUCCCUCUCAGUUGAAAGAAUUGGAGGAGGAUCACCUGAGAGAAUCUCCGAAGCCAAAUGAAGAAGCAACCUCGUUAUUGAGCCCAACACUGGUCAGAGUGACAGAAGAAAAUUCCUCUGGAAAAGAUUGUAAGAAUGAAGCGAGCUUGUCUUCUUGGUUGAAACCAACACGUUUAACCAACGAAGAUGGUAAUAUGGAACAGAUUGGUGCUGAAAAUGUUCAUUGUGGCACAAGUCCAGGAGAUAGGCCUAUUCUGGGGAUGGUUGCAGUUCACUGGAAUGAUGAUGGAACCUCUCACGUUUCUCCUAAAUGGUGGGAUGGAAAUGGGAUCCCGAAUACAACUAACAAGUACAAAGAGGAUCAGAAAGUUAGUUGGCAUGCAACACCAUUUGAGGAGAGGCUCGAAAAAGCAUUGUCUGAUGAUACCAUUAUAUACCAGAGGAAGCCUAUGAGUGGGAGUGGGACACCGCCAAAGAUUGAGUUCAACGAAUCUGAAGAAGAAUCUGAUACUGCUUCAUCAAAAGUGCAAUCUUCUUCAACACAUCUAAAAUCUGUUGCUUCAUUUUGAUAUCGGUCCAUUUACUACUACUGUGUACGGUCGACAUACUUUUUCCAUUAUUAUCAAGUGUCGAAAUUUGGAACAGUUCUGAGCAGAAUUUUGGAGUGUACCGAUAUAGCGAUGAAUAGUAUAUAGUAAACAAGUGCAAGUUCUCAGCCUUAAACCUAUC